AAAAAGCAGCAAAAUUAUUGAAAGGUUUAAGAUGAUAAUCUCAAUCUCAGAAAUAUUGCAUUUUAGUUUUGUACGGAACUCAAGAGUGUAACUUAUCUAUUCAUUGGCGCCGGCGGAUUUUGAUUUUUUCAACAGAAACUUGUUGUUAUUGAAUGAUAAGUUUUUGUUUUAUAUGUUAAGUGCGAAAAAAUUGAUACGUUAAGGAAAUGUUUUUACAAAUUGUAUUAGUGAUUGCGAUAGUCGCGUUUAUUGUUGAAAAUUCACAAGCUGCAACACCAGAGAUUCCCUGCCCUGAUGUAUUUCAAUAUUCUCAAUCUAAGGGAGAAAAUGUUGGAAUUAUAACUGUCAAUGAUGUAGAUUACGGAGACACUGUAGUGGAUAUAAAGUUAUCACAAUUAGAAGAUGUUGACUCGGACUACGUAGGAAAAUUAUCUUUGAAUUUCGAUAUCAAUAAAAGCUCAGAAUAUAUAGAAACAGGAACUCCAUUUACGUAUAAAGUUAGAUUUGCACUUGAAGAUGUUAUACCCAGAGUUGAGGAAAUUAAAUUAAAUGGCCUUCGAAUAUGUUUUAAUGACAGAUUCGAUCCAGAAGACCGUACAACAAUUGAUUUGCAACACACUUUGACAGUUCCACAACCGUUUAAACGAAGUCAAAAAAAGAAAAACAGAAUCACAACCACUGAGGCACCAUUGCGUAGAUCUACUACAACAACAACAACAAGACGACCUAUUACAACAACAAGCAGGCCCACUACGUUAACAACGCCAACAACUACAACUACAACAACAAUCAGACCUAUUUCAAGAAAUGACUUACCCAGCUUUUUAACCAAUGAACGUUUUAAUCCAACAUCAUCAUCAAAUAGAGGAUUACUGUUUGGUUCUGUUCCAAAUGCAGGUCCGCUAAGAACUUUUACCACAACAACUACUACAACUAAAGCUCCACAGCUGCCAAUUAACUUUGAUUUUCUAACUUCUGCUACUAGUACGACCACAAAUCGUCCUCCACGUUUUUCAUUUCAAUCUCUACAACAGCCAAAUACACGUUUUAACUUUAUAUCAAGACCAAAUGAAAAAGAAUGGAGAACUAUCAAUAGGGUCUGCGGUUUGGAGAACUCCGAUAACCACAGUAAUCUUGUUGUUAACGGCACAAACGUACCCAGAUCAAAAUUUCCUUGGAUUGCUGCAAUUUUCAAAAGGAACAUUUUAAGGCCACCAUCUUUCCAGUGUGGCGGGAGUCUAAUAACAUCACGAACAGUAAUCAGUGCAGCUCAUUGCUUCGACUCGGACUCUAAUGAGAUUCCUGAAAAGGAUAUUGUGAUAUCUGUGGGAAGACAUAACCUUGACGAAUGGUCUGAUUCUGAUGGUGCGAUUGUCAAUCGAAAUGUGGAGAAAAUUAUUCGGCAUCCGGACUACGAUCCGUCACUUGAAAUAAACGAUGCAGAUAUAGCAAUUGUUCAGCUUGAAGAAAGUGUCAUGUUUACAGUAUUCGUACGACCGGUCUGUAUGUGGGAAGGUGUAUUAGAUGUCAGUGCAAUUGUAGAUAUUGCGGGAAUUAUUGUUGGUUGGGGACGGGACGAGGAUGACAAUGCUUUCACCAAGACACCAAAAUUAGCCACUGCUACAGUUGUUGAUGAGGUGACGUGCGUAAAAUCUCACACAGCAUUUAUACCUCAUACUUCAAAACGGACGCUUUGUGCCGGCAACCGUGAUGGGAGUGGACCUUGCAAAGGGGAUUCCGGAAGUGGGUUAGUGAUAAAUGUUCAAAGAAAAUGGAGGUUAAGGGGAACUGUUGCCCGUUCUCUGAGUACAAAGGAUAGAGUAUGUGAUCUUGAGCAAUACGUUGUGUACACGGACGUUGCUCAGUUCCUUGGUUGGAUCUAUGAUAAUAGUGUAUUUUAUGCACUGGAGGAAUUGAGCGACGAGGAGAAUGAAGAUGACGAUGACAAUGGUUCUCUAAACAGCAAUUCUGAAAACGCUAUGCUUUGUGGAGUCUGCUUCAAUAACCAGCUGUGUGUAACUUCUCUAGAGCUAGUCGUUCAUGUUCAGAUUACUUUCAAGACUUUAACUAUGGUUUUGAAAUUUAAUCUUGUUAUGUCAGUGAUUCUUGUGACAGUUCUUUUGUGUCUUUGUAAAAUUUCAUUAGCACAAACAAAUCAGUUUCCAAACUCACCAUGUCCGAAUAUUUUUCAAUAUGCACGCAAAGGAAAUACAAAUAUUGGAAUUAUAACGGUAAAUGAUGUCAGCUAUGGAGCAACUACAUUAGCAGUUGAACUAUCACAACAGGGAUAUAUGGAAUUGCAAAGUGCAGGACGAUUAUCUUUGAACUUCAAUAAUGAAAAAAUCUAUGAAUACAUAGAUGCAGGAAGGCCAUUUACAUUUAGACUAGAUUUUCCAGUUCAAAAUAUUAUUCCAAAAAUUACUUCUAUAAAAGUAAAUGAUAUUCAAAUAUGUCACGGAAUAGAAUAUGAACCUCCAAGAACAAACAUGCAAUUAGAGUUCACUUUGAAUGUCUACUCAACAAGAUCAAAUUCUGCUCCAAUACCUGUUACACGUUUUAAUAAUAACGGUGCUAACGACUUUACAAGACCAUCAAAUUUAAAUCAAGGUCGGACUUUGCCAGAUUUUUUGAAGUACAGUCCAUCAAUGUCUCGACAAAUGUCAACUAAUCCAUCGCCACAGCAUCAACCGUCAUCUAACCGACCACCAACUACUCCCGAAAGGUCAUUCAAUAAUAUGGAUUCUAACUUACCAUCAUUUUUGAGAUUGCCUCAACCCUCUUUCAAAUCUAUGACAUCCAACAUGCCGUCAUUUCUUAACCAACCGCCAAAUACUCAACAGCCAUUCCAAUUAUCGACGACUACCCAACCGUCACGUCCACGUAAUAUUUUCCUGGACGCCAUUACUCCUGGAACAGGUAAUAAUAAUCGUCCAGCAAAUCCACCUCCUACAUUUGGCCCACCGUUAACUCCAGCUUUAGUAGCUAAGUCUGACACGUCAACAGUUUCUGAUCCGAUAAAACCAAUAUUCACUUCACCAACAACAAUCAACUCUGACCCGAAGACACCAAUAUUCACUUUACCAACAACAAUCAACUCUGACCGGAUGACACCAACAACAAUCAACUCUGACCGGAUGACACCAAUAUUCACUUCACCAACAACAAUCAACUCUACGCCAAGACCACAAUUGGAAACCGAUGGGGAAAGUUCUCAACCUUUCGCCGUACCGAAACUUUCAAUAGAGCCCCAGCCCAUGACUGCUUCAACAGAUGGUGCAACAUUAGAUCACAUUAAUACGGUUUGUGGUCAGGAAAACGAUGCAAACCAAAAUGUCGGUUGGACAACACUCAAUGUUGGUGGAACACCGAUAAAUAAGUCAAGAUUCCCUUGGAUAGUGGCAAUUUUCAAAAGAAAAGAUGAUGACUUUGACUUCCAGUGCGGAGGAAGUCUCAUAUCAACACGGACGGUCGUCAGUGCUGCUCACUGCUUCUAUGAGGGAAAGGCAGCAAUUGGACCUGAAGAAAUUGUAGUAUCCAUGGGUGUACACAAUUUAACUGAUAGAAUGGACGCUAGGAAUAUUGAUGCCAAGAGCAUUAUCGUUCAUCCGGACUACACACCUUUACAACGUCACUUUGAUGCAGAUUUAGCCAUUGUACGACUUGUGUCAAGUGUAACCUUCACACCUGCGAUAAGACCAAUUUGUAUGUGGCAAGGAAAUAAAGACCAACGUGAACUUGUUGGUAUGCGGGGAAUGAUUGUAGGCUGGGGAUCGGAUGGUCGUCGAAAGUCAACAAUUGUUCCAACAUUGGUCAAGGCAUUUGUUGUUGAAGAAAUAACGUGCAUAAAAUCUAAUGCUAAUUUCCUAACUAUGACAUCAAGUCGAACAUUAUGCGCAGGCAGUACGGAUGGAAGUGGCCCGUGUUUGGGUGAUUCGGGUAAUGGAUUUAUGUUAAGAAAUCAAAACAAAUGGACGCUCAGAGGAACAGUAUCCGCUGCUCCGGGUACUCCAGUGGGACAGUGCGUUUUAAAUGACUACGCAAUUUAUGCGGAUGUUGCAAUGUUUGUUGACUGGAUUCAAUCAAAUAUGUUAUUGUAAAUGUUGUUUUUUUUUUAUA